UUCUUGGUUUCUGUAAACUUCCAACUUCCAACCGUCCUUUAGAUUUUGUGAACUCAACUCCCGCUUUCCACCACACAAAACAAAACCCAGGUGAAAAAAUAAAAAAAAGGAAGUAGAGUUGGAGAAAGAAAGAAAGAGGAAAAGCAAGCUUCGAUUUUUAUCUGGGCUUCGAAUGGUCUUAAUGAUUAUAAAAGGAUUGUUUAGGAGGUAUGAGAGAUGGAAUCCUGUGCAUCCAACCUACGGAGCUUUUUGGGGAAUGGGAGUGGGUAUUGGUUGCGGUGUGGGCUGGGGUCCUGGUUUUGGACCUGAGGUGAUUGGAUAUGUUGGUGCUGGAUGUGGUGUUGGAUUUAGUGUUGGUAUUACUUUUGCUGGUUUUGGCAUUGGCCUUCCUGUGAAUACUCUCAUGGAUGCUCCUUCUAAAGUUCUAAUGGCUACAAGCUCUACUUGGGACUUUGUGCAAUCAAGCAAAUUGAAGGACUUAGAUCUAUUGAAGAAGGGGACAGAAAUAUUUGGUGUGAAAACUGCAAUAUCUUCACAGGCAAAGUCUAUCUCUGAGAGUUUCAAGUUAUUGAAGAAAGAUGUUUCUGAAUCUUGUAAAGAUAUCAGAGACUGAUUUUUGUGAAGCUAAGCUAUGGUAGAAAAGCUACAUAAGAAGGCUGAAGCUUUAACCUCUAUCAAAUAGAUUCCAAAAUCGGCUACAUCACAGUUAAUUUUCUUUUUUACGAAUUAAUAUAACAGUGUAUAUAUGUUAGAACCUUCUAAUGGUAUUAUAAAGACCUUUAGAUGGUACUAACAUGUGUACCAUGGAUAUCUGUUAAUGUACCAUUAGAAGGCUUCUAUAGCACUGUCUUUACAUCCUUGAUAGAGUUUCAAAUGGACUUAAACUGAUAGAGGUUUAACCAUGCUCACAUACAGAGGCCGUAAUGCAUUUUUGGCACCAAGUUAGAAGGUUUUAGUUUGGCUAGCUACACUGUAAAUCAUUCCCAUCAGACCUGAAAUGCAGAUAUCAAAGACUGAGUUUUUGCAGCCAAGAUAUGAUAAGCAAGUUCUACAUAUGAAGAGCAUGCUGUGGUAUUGGUGUCACCUUCAAAACUUUAGUAUGGCAUAGCUACGUUGUAAAUCAUGCCCAACUUCCCUUCAGAUCAUCUCCAAAUCUGCAUCCAAUUCUCAGUAUAUGUGUCUUUGAUAAUGUAGUUGAAGUUUUUUCCCCCCUUCA